CAUUCUGACAUUUCAUUUCAAAAUUUAGAAAAUGUGAUAUAUCUUGUAAAAAUGAUCCGAUUAUCUCGAAAAUCUUUUAAUGUAUUUCAAAGUUUUAUGAAAUAUAACUCGCAAAUAGUUUUCGACUAUAAAAACUGUCGUGCUAUCAUAAGAAUACCGCAUCAGUUCCAACAGAAUGCGUUUUAUUCAGCAGACACCAAAGGCACCUCACCUCUCAGCAACCUCAUCGCAAAAGAUGCAGCAGAAAAGUCACAAGAAAAAAUCGAUGAGGAGGAUGCCAGGAAGCAAAGGGAACAAUCAUGGAGGACAAUGAAACUAACAUUAGCCUUUUUUGGUGUAUCAUUUACAUGCUUGGGAGCAUAUCUUAUAUUAACCCUGGGUAGUUUGGAAAAAGAUAUCGAUGGAACACCCAUUAAAGAUGAUUUGUCUGAUAGAAAUAUCAUAAUGCAGUAUCUCAUUAGAACUUAUAGAGAACUAGACUACUAUCGCAAGCUUAUAAGAGAACCUUCAAGAGAAAAAUUAUUACCUGAUCCCCUAGAAUAUCCAUAUUUACAACCUAAAUACACCCUAGUCCUAGAACUGACUGAUGUGCUAGUGCAUCCUGACUGGACAUAUAAUACAGGAUGGAGAUUCAAGAAACGUCCAUUGUUGGACUACUUCUUAGAAACUCUACAUGGGUCCUAUGAGAUUGUUAUUUACACUGCUGAGCAAGGAAUGACAGUAUUUCCCCUUAUUGAUGCAAUAGAUCCAAAGAAUAUAAUUGCUUACAAGUUGGUACGUGAUGCUACCCAUUUCUCUGGUGGACAUCAUGUCAAAAGCUUGAACAACUUGAAUAGGGACUUGUCAAAAGUUAUCUGUGUGGACUGGAAUGCUAAGAGUGUAAAAUUUAAUAAAGAAAAUCUGUUGAAUGUCAAAAAAUGGACAGGAAAUGACAAUGAUACUUCACUGAUAGAUUUGGCAGCAUUAUUGAAAACUAUUGCAGACAAUGAGAUUGAAGAUGUUAGAGAAGUCUUAAAAUACUAUAGUAAAUAUGAUGAUCCUGUGGCAGAGUUCAGGGAAAAACAGAAACGCCUCAUUGAAGACUUAGAAGCACAAGCAGCUGCCAAGAGAGAACAGGAUGCUUCAAAACAGCCAAGGUGGACACCUUCAAUCAUCAAAAAAAUAAUGAACUAG